AUGAACCAUUUCAGCUUCAACGUAGAAGCUCAAACGGCAGAAGUGCAGCCGGCAACAUACGGAUCAAAUCUCAACAAGAUUCUGGAGAAGCAUGAUCUCCUGUUCCCAGGAGGUCACUGUCCGACAGUCGGUCUAGGUGGCUUUUUGCUCCAAGGAGGAUUUGGUUGGAACUCUCGCAAAUGGGGAGUGGCGUGUGAGAGUAUCCUAGCCAUUGAUGUCGUCACUGCAGAUGGAGACCUCAUCCAUGUUAAAAGUGCCAUCUAUGACCAAAAGGAAGCCCCCAACAAAGCGACGAGCAAGUGCCAACAAGGUGGGAUGGGUAAACCAGACUUGAAUCAUCUGUUUACCGACAAUCUCAUCUCUUUCAUUGCUGAAAUGCUUUACACGAGUUUGAUGAACGAAUCCUUCAUCCUCCAAAGCCUGGAGAAGGCCAGCAAUCGUUGUUUGAUUCUCAUGGUUUGGUUUCCACUUUCUUACAAGGUUGUAGUAUUGUCUUGA